GCAGCUGCGCAAUUGGCGCUCGCACCGCCUGUACACCAUGGCUACCGAUGAGGCCAAACGCCGCACUCGAUCAGACUACCCAUACUUUCUCGAUUUUCGCACUCGCUGGAGCGACAAUGACCAGUACUCGCACAUCAACAACUCCAUAUACUACCACCUCUUCGACUCCAUCGUAAACUCAUACCUGAUCGAGCACUGCGCUCUCGAACCCGCCAAGUCGCCCCACAUCGGCCUCGUCGUCUCCUCGCACUGCCAGUUCUUUGCACCCCUCUCCUUCCCGGACGUUCUGGAUCUCGGCCUAAGGGUCAACCACCUCGGCAGGAGCUCAGUCGUGUAUGAGGUCGGCGUCUUCAAACGUGGCGCGGAGCGCCCGGCCGCCGUCGGCGGUUAUACCCAUGUGUUCGUGGAGCAAGUGUCCCGGAAGAGCGCGACGAUACCAGAAGGGACGCGGAAUGGACUACAGAGACUACUCGCUCCUUCAAGCACCCCGGAUGCCAAACUGUGAGCAGGGUGACAAAGUGAUCGAUCUUAUCGACGACACGUGUCAUGAGAUUCGAAUUAGUAGAUGCUUAAUCAA